CAGCGAUUCGUGAUUGUCACGCGCUGCUACUUAUAGCACAAUCAUUAGCCUGAAUGGGGCUGCCCAAACACAUGGUCGGCGGCCUGUGCGCCAAGGGGUAAACGAGACCCUGUGGCUUGGGUUUGCUUCUCAUCACGCGUCAAGUGUGUUACUGUCAGCUUGCGAAACAACCAGUUGUCAAUCAAGAUAUCAAUUGCUGCACCAGAACUUGGAGCUCCAUGUCGACGUAGUGACCUAUAAGACCGAUCAUGGCAUUGACUGCGCAAUGGCAAGGUACACCCCAUGUCAAAGGCUCUAGCGAGUCCAUGCGCAUGGUGCUUUUGACAUUCAGCUUGAUCGGGUUGCAGUUCACAUGGGGUACAGAGAUGACCUAUUGUACACCCUAUCUAUUACAGCUCGGUCUGACCAAGAGCAAGCUCUCGCUUGUUUGGAUAGCUGGACCGCUGUCAGGAUUAAUCAUGCAACCAAUUGUAGGCAUCAUGGCCGAUAAGAGCACUUCAGAAUGGGGUCGACGACGACCAGUCAUGGUUGUUGGCACAGUGAUUGUGAGCAUAUGUCUCCUGGUUUUGGGUUGGACCAAAGAGAUUGUUGCUGCAUUUGUCGAAGAAGGCGAACUGAGACGUGAAGCCACCAUCUUCCUGGCGGUUUUGUCUAUUUAUGCUCUUGACUUUGCAAUCAACGCCGUACAAUCAUCAUGUCGCAGCCUUAUUGUGGAUACUUUGCCCAUCCCAAAGCAACAACUGGGCUCUGCCUGGGCAAGCAGAAUGGUAGCUGUUGGUCACCUCAUCGGUUACGGAGCUGGAGCAUUGGAUCUAGGCUCGAUCUUCGGCACCCUUAUUGGCGACACGCAGUUCAAACAACUUACCGUCAUUGCAGCGGUAGCGCUAAUAGUAGCCAUUGGAGUCACCUGCUGGGCUGUAGAUGAACGUGUACUCAUUGCGAGAGCUGAGGGAGGAACAGACGAUGGCAUCGUGGCAGUACUUGUGCAGAUCUUCAAAACCACCAAGAACUUGCCCAAGCGAAUUCAAAUGAUCUGCUGGAUUCAGUUCUGGUCGUGGAUUGGCUGGUUUCCGUUUCUCUUCUACAGCACUACCUGGGUUGGAGAAAUAUACCUUCGGUACGAUGCCUCGCCUGAGGUCAAAGAGUCCAAGGACCCCCUUUCAGACAUUGGCAGAGUCGGAAGCAUGUCCUUGAUUGUAUUCUCCAUCGUCACCUUCAUAGGCUCAAUCACACUGCCAUGGAUGGUCAAGUCACCCGAAGACGAAAAGCCCGAGUUUACUCCAAGACCCCCUGCAAGUAUCGCGCCCAUUGUCAAGACGGUCGUGGAGCGCAAGCCCAGCCUUCUGACAGCUUGGACGGUGUCACAUCUCAUCUUUGCAGGAUCCAUGGUCUUUGCUCCUUUCGUCACGUCACUGCGAUUUGCAACUGUUUUAGUUGCAGUGUGCGGAAUACCUUGGGCACUUGCCUGCUGGGCACCGUUCACCUUUAUGGGUGUUGAGAUCAACAAGCUCGGCAGCAGUUUGCCUACCUCAAGACGUGGCAGUCAUCAAUAUCAGAGGGUCUCGGACGGUGCUAUCGAGAUGAGCUCGGAGGCCAGAAAUCUCGAGAAAACCGACGAGUCCGCUACCGGUGAGCUUGCUGGUAUCUAUCUGGGCAUCCUCAAUCUUUACACGACACUACCCCAAUUCAUUGCUACGGGCAUCUCGAUGGUAGUCUUCACUGUGCUUGAGCCGGGAAAAAGUCCAGAGUUGGCAAAGGAUGCUCAUCCUGACGAGCAUCAUAGUACGGAAGGAUACAACGGCAUAGCGGUGUGUUUGUUCAUCGGAGCAUUGUGCUCUGUUGCAGCUGCAGUCGCAACUCAGAGAUUUAAGAACACGGCAUAAAUAGAGCAUACAACAUAAAGACACUCGAAUCAAAAUACAUUUUUGCAAUGCUCGAGAUCAG